AUGGCUGAUGAAGAAUGGAACGCCCUUCUGGGCACCCUAGCAGCAUUCCACAACUUCCACCGGUGGCUGUACGAGGAGGUGGUGAAACCUCGUCGCAUUAGAGAAGCAUCCAUGAAAGAACUGGAAAAAAACCUUUUGUCUUGGUACAGUAAACACACUUCCGAUUUGGCCGAAGCGGUACAACUCAAUUCCCAUUUUUGCAGUGGUCUUGCUGGUGUAGCGGCUAGCCAGUGGGGUGUAGGGGCUGACCCGACCGUCUGGGCAGAACCCAGUGGACUGGAUUUUGAUAAAGUAAGGUCAACGUUGCUCCAACUUUGUCGUGAAUGGAGCAGUGACGGAGUCAAGGAAAGAGAAGUAUCUUUUGGAAGAAUUCUCAACGAGGCUCUUGAGCGGUACCCUGAAGUCACCCAUAGGCCCGAGGUCAAUGUUCUUGUUCCUGGAUGUGGUCUUGGAAGAUUGGUGUAUGAAUUUGUUCACCAUGGAUUCAAGUGUCAAGGAAAUGAGUUUAGUUACCAUAUGCUUUUGACAUCAAAUUACAUUUUGAACAACUGUCAAUUUGCCAAUGAACACUCCAUCUUGCCCUAUAUCUACAAAGCAUCGCAUGUUCAAAAACGGAGCUUGCAAUUGCGGCCGGUUACUGUCCCCGAUGUGAGUGCUCGAGACAUUCACGAUUUACAAGCACACCUUCCAAACGUCGACAUAAGUGAACUCAUGUCGAUGGCAGCGGGCUCGUUUACUGAACUCUAUGGACCUGAGGAAAUACAGCCUGUGGAAGAAGUACAGCUGGACGAUGCCAUACAAUUUCGCCAACUGGUACAAGGAACUUUUGAUAUUUUGUGUACUUGUUUCUUCCUCGAUACUGCCUCUAACAUCGUGGACUACUUGAAGACUAUUCGUCAUUGUUUGAAGAAAACCAGUGGAAUAUGGAUCAACUUUGGACCCUUAUUGUGGCACUUUGAAGAUGAUGCUAAUGUGGAGUAUAAAUCUUUGGUUCUCAAGGAAGGUGACGAGCCUCGAAAAGUUGCUACGACUCGAAAGGGAAUGGAACUCUCACUCGAAGAUCUCUUGCAACUUAUGAAAAAUAUGGGAUUUACUCUUGACAAGCAUGAGAGCGGCAUCAAGACUACAUAUAGUGGGGACCCCAGAGCAAUGGGAGGCUAUGUGUAUGAGUGUGAGUACUGGGUUGCGAGGGUGGAGGAAAAGACAGAAUAG